UAGUAACUGUUGGGAGAUUUUUUUUUAAACAAACAACAACAACAAAAAAGUCUUAAAAAGUAUUUUCUCAACUGAGCUACGCAGUCCAGCUUUUAUGCGUUAGUUUACGAAAGUCACUCUAGUUUCUAAAGCUUCAGUCUGAGGUGUGAGAGAAGCUCUGACAUUAUUUGCUCAGUGUUAUUUCUUUUGGAGCAGGGCUGUUGGAGCCCAGUGUGCGUCUAAGGAAUAGCGUCAUGGACGGUUCAGAUGGCAGCCAGCUGUUUGAGGAUACGAGUGGAGCUGGGCUUGGAUCACAGACAGUCUACAGGAACCAGCAGGCCGGGCCCCAAGCAGCCGGAAUUCCUGGCCAGUCCCUACUGUCAGACCCCAUGUCUAACCUGGCCAUGGCGUACGGCAGCUCGUUGGCCUCCCAGGGAAGGGAAAUGGUGGACAAGAAUCUGGACAGGUUCAUCCCAAUUUCAAAGCUGAAGUACUACUUUGCCGUGGACACGGUGUACGUGGGGAAGAAGCUGGGCCUUCUAGUUUUCCCUUACAUGCACGAGAACUGGGAGGUGAGCUACCAGCAGGACACUCCUGUGGCUCCGCGCUUCGAUGUGAACGCUCCCGAUCUUUACAUUCCUGCCAUGGGCUUCAUCACAUACAUCCUGGUGGCUGGACUGGCCCUGGGCACACAAAACAGGUUUUCCCCAGAGCUGCUCGGAGUUCAGGCCAGUUCAGCGUUUGUGUGGUUGAUCAUGGAGGUCCUGGCGGUCCUGCUGUCGCUCUACCUCGUGACCGUGAACACCGACCUCACGACUAUAGACCUACUGGCCUUUUCUGGCUACAAAUACGUUGGGAUGAUCGUAGGUGUAGUGGCAGGCCUGUUGUUUGGGAAGCCAGCAUAUUAUCUCUCUUUACUCUGGUGCUGUGCUGCUAUCUUUGUUUUCAUGAUCCGCACCAUGCGUCUGAAGCUGUUGUCUGAGGCGGCAGCAGAGGGGCGGCUGGUGAGAGGAACCAGGAAUCAGCUGAGGAUGUACCUCACCAUGUCUAUAGCAGCCGCACAGCCCAUCUUCAUGUACUGGCUCACCUACCACCUCAUCAGAUAAAACCUGGAACAUACACAAACACACACACACACACACACACACACACACAUGUAGAAGAUGAACUUGGCUGUCCGAAUGCCAUCUCACCCUUAAUUUAAAAAAAAAAAAGAAGAAAUUCAAAAAACAUGCAACUGACGAAUCAAAGAAGCUGGACUUUGAUGAACCACACAACAAGUUGUCUGGAUAUAUAUCCCGUCACUUCCUGUACAGAGAGAAGACUCCUUGUGAGCGCGGAGCAGAACGACAUGCGCUACAAGACCAUUAAAAGAUGUGUGGCUUUGACGCCCUUUAUCUCACAGCACAGACCCAUGUUUUUUUGUUUUUGUCGUUUUUUGAUGUAAUGUCUUCAAACUUUUGUAGCAAGAGCGAAUGGCUUUAAGUUGUUUUUCUAUACUGUAAUUAUUUUUUAAUUAUGGGGGGGGGGGGGGGUCUAGGAAUAUUUAAGUAUAGCAUAAGUAUUACUGCUGAUGUAAGUGAAGUUUCUGAGCCGACAAAGAAAAGCACACAAACCUCACGCACAAACAAAAAACGUCCAUGUAAUGUUAACAAAGAGCUCCGGUCCAUCUACUGGCUCCGUGUCCAUGUUCUGCUAAUGUUGCAUCUGGAAACGAUGAUCAUCUUAUUGGUCUGUAAAGUGUGGGCGCAGCGUUGCCUCCAUUUUUGUUUCAUCUUUGUUUUUGUUUUGUUUUUUUGUAUGUGCUUUGAUACAUGUGUAAACUUCGCUGCCUGAACUCUUGAAUAGAAAUUAUCAAAGGCCACGGUGACAUUAAGGCGUAAGACCUCACGAUGAGAUGCUUUUAAAUUUUCAAUUAAAUUAUUUACUUAUUUUUACGUUGAAAAUCCGAUGGAAUAAAGAAAGGGAAGAGAUGA